AUGGCUUAUGAACUGCUAUUCAACGGCAAGGGACACGAGAGGAUCAUGCCGAUAGUAGUAAAAUCGCAGCCGAUACUAGAACAUUUACGUAUAGUCGCCUGUGGUCUUUCUGAUAUUCAUUGCUGGGAUGUCUUGGCACGCAACCAAUUCACACAGCUGACAAGUUUGGGGUUGACGGACAUCACUGGUAUGUCGAGCGAGGAUUGGUCCCAGAUUUUGCUCAUGCAGCAACAAAAUGAGAUCUUGGAAGUUGGAAAUCGCGCUGGGAUAACGCAGUAUCUGAACAGCAUUAUCGCAACCAUCGGUACGCUGCAACGGCUCCGUAUACUUUCCUUGCGAAAUUUCCUUCACAUGUUCAGCGAGAAUCCUCUUUGCGAUCUUACUCCGCUUCGACGUUUGCAACAGCUUGAAAAAAUGCGUCUCACGAACAUACCCAUCGACAACCAAGGUCUAAUGCAGUUGUGCGAACCAUCACAGCACCCACUA